UAUUAUACCUUCACUUUUGCUAUUUUUAUCAUUGUAAUUGCCAGACCCUGUGGUCAGAUCUGUGAAUGGGCAAUCCUAAGAACGGACUGAUACGCUGAUACAACUUUUAAUUUUCUUUGAUUGCAAUUGAUUAAUUUCUUAAAAUUUAUAUAAAUAUAGUAAAUUAUAUGAAUCGCAGAGCAUACCUAACUGGCCUGGCAGAGGUGGUAAAACAUGAAACGACCACAGUAGAUGGCAUUCAGGUCGCGCGCCGUUACCGUGCGGACGUUUGCAUUCUCAGUUGCCUCGGCUUCGGGCGCGCUCGGAUCUUUCGAACAAAGUUUUGUAUCGAAUUAGUUUUUUGUGACGCACCUUUUUACUGCGCCUUUACGGGCUGUCAGUGUUCGUGGUUAGCACAAAAAAAUAAAAUAUAAGUCGGGUAUACGAUUAGGUAUUCGAACUGGGCGUAUUGGAGCUCCUUUCCAUUGUGAUUGUCGAGCUGUGGUUGCCAAUAAAUUGAGUUUUAUUGCCAGGUGACGUAAAGCACGGUGUUGGUGAUAACGGAAAGUGAUGUGAAUUGUGUUGUGUUUACGUUGCGAUGCGUGUGGAGUAGUGUGGAACCGGGUUGUUUAUUAUGGGGUAUGCAUCGAGUGGUGCGGGGCGCGCGGCGCACGAGGCGCUGCUGGCGCGCCAAGACGCCGAACUACGACUCAUGGAGACGAUGAAGAGGAGUCUGCAGGCUAAGAUGAAGAGCGAUAGGGAGUACGCUCUUGCUCUGUCAGCAGCCGCCGCGCAGGGCCAGAAGAUGGACAAGUGUGAAGAACUUAACGGUUCAGUUAUAGCAUCAGCAUGGCGCACAAUGACUGAAGAGUGGGAAAACACCAGUCGGUUGAUAAAAGCUAAUGCGGAAGCUCUGGACUCUCGUGCGCUUGACCGCCUCACUGCAUUAAUGACAGAGCGACGGAAAUCUAGAAAAACUUACCAAGAAGACCACACCAAAAUCUCUUCGCAGUUUACACAGCUCUCAGAGGAGGUUCAGAGGAAACAGAGCGAGUACCAGAAAUGUCUAGAAUCGUACAAACAAAUGAGGACAAAAUUCGAAGAAAACUACUUAAAAUGUCCUACAGGCCGCGGUGGUCGCAAGUUGGACGAGACCCGGGACAAAUAUGGCAAAGCUUGUAGAAGACUGCACAGAGCACACAAUGAGUACGUCCUUUUAUUGGCGGAGGCUACGGAGUGCGAGCGAGCAUUGCGGACGGCAGCGUUACCGUCGCUGUUAGACCAACAACGGAGGCAGGGUGAAGCUACGGCUACUUCUUGGAAGGGUAUUCUUUUAGAAGUGGUGCAACGAUCAGAUUUUAGUACAGAUAAAUUCAGAGAAAUACAAACAAAAGUAGAAUCAACUAUUCAAAACCUAAGGCCUCAGGAUGAAUAUAAAGAAUUCAUAGAGAAAUAUAAAUCACCGCCUUCAACGCCAAUAGUAUUUACAUUUGAUGAAAGUCUAGUCGAAGAUACGAGUGGUAAACUUCAACCGAACCAGCUCACUGUGGACAACCUCACAGUGGAAUGGCUCAAGGAGAAGUUAACAGAACUGGAGGGCAUACUGCAGGACAACAGGGAAAAGCAAACAGCGUUGCAGGGCCCUGAGAUUAUAGGCAAUGGUGUCUGCAAGAAUAAUAACACCGGACUCACUAAUGGCGUUAAUGGAAUCGAUAGGCAUUCACCACCACCAAUCCCAGUAACCACGUCGGAACCCAUUAAGUUAUUGGAACUACGAGUAGCAGAACGGAAAUGUGCUAAACAAGCCGAGAUGAUCCGUUCAGCCUUAGCAGAGCUGGGUUGCGAGGAGGCUCCCAGUGGUUGUCCGGACCUAUCCGCGGAGACAGUAGGAGUUGACAGUCUAGACGGCAGCUCGCCUGAUCACCAGGACCGUGCAUCGCUCGGGUCUAAAGCAUCCAUGGACGCUUUGCGGUUGCACCUUCACUCGAUAAUACCACCGAAGCCGUUCUUCAGAAUAUUUACACGGCCAUUUCGACGUAAAUCCGUACCCUCGAGCCCUGCGCUCCCUCCAAGAACAUAUCGAAGCAGUAGCGAGGGCCCCACAGAUAUGGUGAGUGUGAGCGAAACAGAACGGUCGCUAGUGGAACAGGAGUGGUUCCACGGAGUACUACCACGGGAAGAAGUAGUACGACUGCUGAGGGCUGAUGGGGACUACCUGGUGAGAGAGACGACCAGGAACCACGCUCGGCAAUUAGUGCUGUCCGUUUGCUGGGGGCAGCAUAAACAUUUCAUCGUGCAGACUACACCAGAGGGUCACUAUAGGUUUGAGGGUGCCGCGUUCCCAUCGGUGGCGGAGCUGAUUGCUUGGCAGCGGACGAGCGGCGUGCCGGUCACGGCUCGCUCGGGUGCUUUGCUGCGCCGGGCCGUGCCGCGGGAGAACUGGGAACUGAACAACGAUGAUGUGCAGCUUUUGGAUAAGAUUGGACGGGGUAACUUUGGUGACGUAUACAAAGCGCGGUUGAAGACAACGGGACAAGAAGUAGCUGUGAAGACCUGUCGGGUGGCGCUGCCCGAGGAACAGAAACGCACUUUCCUGCAAGAAGGCCGAAUACUAAAGCAAUACCAGCAUCCUAAUAUCGUGCGGCUCAUAGGAAUCGCGGUACAGAAGCAGCCCAUCAUGAUUGUUAUGGAACUUGUUUCGGGUGGUUCUCUCCUCACGUUUCUCCGUACACGGGCCUCAUCCAUGAGUUCGCGCUCUCUUCUUGCAAUGUGUCGCGACGCGGCUGCGGGCAUGCGCUACCUCGAGUCGAAGAACUGCAUUCACCGGGACCUGGCUGCCAGGAAUUGCCUUGUGGGUGACGAGAACAUCGUCAAGAUAUCAGACUUCGGAAUGUCUAGAGAGGAGGAAGAGUAUAUUGUGUCGGGAGGCAUGAAACAGAUACCAAUAAAAUGGACUGCGCCAGAGGCAUUGAAUUUUGGUAAAUACACUUCGUUAUGUGACGUGUGGAGCUAUGGAGUGUUGAUGUGGGAGAUAUUCUCCAAGGGCGAUACUCCGUAUGCAGGCAUGAGCAACUCGCGGGCUAGAGAAAAAAUAGAUACGGGCUACCGAAUGCCAGCACCCGAAUCCUGUUCAGAAGACGUGUACGCACUGAUGCUACGGUGCUGGGAGUAUGAGCCUGAAAAACGGCCACAUUUCCAUCAAAUAUACACAAUUAUCGACAACAUAUACAAUAGAUAACAGACCAGUGAUAAAAGUGCCAAUACCACGAUCGAAGGUAAAGUGCGGAGCCGUUUGGAUCCUCAAAUAUUGAUCCAGUGUCGAAUCCAAAAUGAUCUAAUGCGAAAGCUCCAUUCGUAUCGCUCUUUGGAUAAGUACAAUUAAUAAAAUCACGCUUAAUCAAUGACAAUUUGUCAUUUAAUAAUAAAUCUAUAUAAAAAUACCUAAGGCAUUACAUACUAACAAGCGACCGAAUUAUUAAUUCGACAAUUUAGCAUUAUAUAAGUCAGAGUAGAUCUUACAGUAAUAAAUAAGAUGGAAGUUGAACGUUUCUAGAUUAAAUUGCAAUUUUUUUUAUAAAGAAGUCUUGAUUAUAUAAAUAAAGCAUCGAGUCUCAAAAACGGGUCAACUUUUUGUCAGCUAAUUGUCAAAUUAACUGACUCGUUUUUUUUACUAGUUUUCUAUGUACUUACGCACAUAAUGUGUCGUGACGUAUCUAUACCGAAUUAUUUAAUAUAUGAGUUUUCACGCAUUAAAAAGAUGCAAAAAUUAUAAAAUAAAAUAAAUUUAGAAGUUAUAAAGGAAACAUUCAUAAUGAUUAGUCACGCAAAGUUGUAUGAAAAAGUUGACCCGCUUUUCUCGAAGCAUUUACUCUAUCUAUAUAAUCUAAGAAAGAGGCAUAUGGGGCACGUUAGAAAAAAUGUAAGCGAAAUUAUUGCGGCUGUGCGAGUUAGUUAGAUCACUAAAUCGUUACAACAUUGUAUUGUUUUUAUAAAAUUGAUGGCCAUGUUUUAAUAUUCUAAUUUUUUUUUAUUUUUUCUUUGAUAUUUCUUUAUUCUUUGAUAAUACAAAUAAAUAGUAGAAAUUUAAAAGAGGUUCGUUUUGCAUUUGCUAAACCUUAUACAGGUAUAUUAAUGUUGUAAAAAUAUUCGUAUUUUAAUUUUAUAUUAGCAUAAUGUUAACAAUUAAUAACUAAUAGAAGGUAGGUAUAUACAUUAUGGCUUAUGUAUCUACAAAUAUUCUUUUGCGCCAUUUUGUUUUAUGUCUUACAAAGUUGUGUACGUAUAUUUUAUAAAUUCCAUUAUGUAUUAAAACUGUUUCUAUAAAAUAAGAAAAUGGAGUAGAUAUUAUAAGUUCAUACCCAAUUAUUUCAUCAUGUGUAUGUAAUAGCAAUCGAAACACAAGGCACUUAAGCACUCUGUGAGGAUGACAAUUUCGGAGUGCCACAGACAAUCGGCGUCAGUGAAAAUUAUAUUGGUCUAUAUAUCUUGUAUGGCAUUACUCUUCUUUGUAGUGUAAAUAUUUAGUGUUUGCCAGUGUUGCAGAUGGAUAACAAAAAAUUCAUCUGUCAUUUGUAUUUUUUUAAUUCUUUUUUUUUUUAAAUAUCGUCCAGAAAAUAUGUACUGAGUGACAAUGUUUAUAUCUUUUUUCCGCGCUUUAUAGAUUUAUUUUCUUUUUACUUCGUACUUGUAUCUGUGACUCCAGAUCAAUCAUUGAAUACUGAAUUGCACUGAUAAGUGCAAAUAGCAUGUCACGGUAUUUUAAACUUUAAUCGGUGUUUUUUACUAAAUGGGUAUGGUCUGUAAAUACUAAAGGCUUCUUUUGAUAUUUCCCAACUUGUAUAAAACAUUGACUGUGGGCGUUCUGUGUGUGACGUGAUUUGGUACGAUGUAUUCAAACGACUAACUUGUUUCAUAGUAUUAUUAUUGGAAUUCCUCACGUUGUUUUAGUGUUGAUCUCUUUCGAAUGGUACUUUUAGCAAGUUUAUAAUAAAUAAUUUGUAUUAUAUUCUCAAUAUAUGACGUGGGAAUACGUAUCUUAUGUAAUAGUACAAUUAGGCGUAUUAUAGUCUGUUGUUCGAAUCAUGUUUAUGUAUUGAAUUAAGUAUUGUAAUUAUUUUGUAUUGUUUAAGAAAAUGUCAUGUACUAUCAACUUUUUAUAUAUAAACCCGUGGAGAUUGUAAGAUUUUAUUUUUAUAGUUUAAAACAACUUAAAACAUUUAGAGUAAUGAUAAACCAAUAUAUUCUAGAGUUAAUUGUUAUAAUUUGGAUUUAUGUAUACGUUUAAAUGCCCCUUUGUAUUUUUUUGUUCUAUAAUCGUCGAAUGUUUUAAUUAAAACGUUUGUGAUAAUACUAAUUGUGCUUCCAUGAAUAGAUGAUGAUUGCUUCCAUACAAUUAUUAGUGUUAUUUUGUUAUUCUUGCCCGCGACUGAGCAUGAUAAUUGGAAUGUGAGUUAUAUUAAUAAAUGUAACAUAAAGUGAGAUACGAAUACUAAAGUUGAUUCAGUGUUUAUUCUAUUAGUUUAUGUAAUGUAACUUAGAGUAUUAUGAAUGUAAAUAUUUUUUUAAACAUAUAUUAAAGUGCCAGAUUAUUUUGAACUCUUAAA